AUGAUUGAGGAUGUAUAUAAAAACUGCGUAGCGAUGGUAAAGUCCGAAGAAAAACUCUCGCAAUAUAUAAAGAACCAAUACGACCAAUUUACUCCGCCAACACUGAAACAGGAAAAGGGUGAUGUUAAUGCCAGCGGUACCAUUGCGGACAUCAGCUCACCAGACAGUUUACCCGACUAUGAACGACCAGCUCCGAGAAAAAUCGAUGAAUAUAUCAGAGCAGAGCUACCUUAUCUCAGCAAGAGAGCUACGAACAACACUUGGACUCCGGAAACACUUUCAGCGGUCGACGCAGCCAUCUUCUGGGGUUAUUUCGUGACACAAAUCCCUGGUGGCCUAAUUGCGGCAGCGUAUCCAGCCAACAAGUUAUUUGGAGCUGCAAUAGCAUCAUCCUGUAUUCUUAACCUUAUUAUUCCGGCUGUUUAUCAAAAACCGGACGUUCUUAUCGUUGUUAAAGUUAUGCAAGGAUUAGUAGAGGGCGUUACCUAUCCAGCAUGUCACGGUAUAAUGAGACAUUGGGCCCCUCCAUUAGAAAGAUCCCGUCUAGCAACCCUUGCCUUUAGCGGUUGUUAUGCAGGGGUUAUGUUCUCAAUGCCAAUUUCUGGUGAACUUAUAGAGCACUUCGGACCUCUAGCUCCGUUCUACUUUUACGGGGUAAUGGGUAUAUUUUGGUAUGUUUCCUGGCUUUGGUUAGUUUUUGAGAAACCAACGUACCAUACUUGUAUAGAUAUCAAAGAAUUAGCCUUCAUAGAAAAUUCUCUAGGUACUGCACAACAACACUACGUAACUCCAACUUUAACUAACACACCAUGGAAGUCAUUCUUCACAUCAUUACCUUGUUAUGCCAUCUUCGUAGCGAAUUUCUGCAGAUCGUGGAACUUUUAUUUACUAGUUUUAUUUCAAGCGUCAUAUUUUCAAGACAGUUUUCAUUCAGGAAUGACGGAAAAUGCUUUAUUGGGAGCGUUACCACAUUUGUUGAUGACUGGAAUUGUGCCCACUGGAGGAAUUUUGGCAGAUCGUCUGAGAAAAAAAGGCAUACUCACCACAACUCAAGUUAGAAAACUUUUUAAUUGUGGAGGAUUUGGCAUGGAAGCCACGUUCUUCCUUAUAAUGGCCUAUUCUCAUACGAUAACACAGGGAAUGACAGCUCUUUCAAUAGGAGUUGGUUUCAGUGGAUUCGCCAUAUCUGGCUUCAACGUCAAUCAUCUUGAUAUAGCUCCGAGAUACGCCAGUAUUUUGAUGGGAAUGUCAAACGGGAUUGGAACCAUAGCUGGAGCGAUUGUACCAUAUGUAGUUCAUCUUAUAGUAAAACAUAAGAAAAAAGAAGAAUGGAGAAUAGUUUUUAUAAUAUCAGCCCUUGUCCAUUAUUCGGGAAUUAUAUUUUAUGGGUUAUUUGCCUCAGGAGAACUUCAAGAAUGGGCAGACCCAAAAUUUGAAGAAGAAAAGCAAUGGAAUCAAAUGAAUGAAGCCAUGCCAAUUAAAAAACCACCCCCUCAAAAUGGGUUAGUUCAACGUCAAUCCAGCAACGCCUCCAACUACGGCUCCGUCGAAACACCUCUUCCGCCACGACCUCCAAGACCACCAUCACUUACAUCUCAAACGUUCUCACAAGAAACAACCACCGAAUCUCAGCCGGAAGCGCCGAUGGUUCCCGCCGGAAACCCCUUCCGGUCAUCUUCAAAUCCAUUCCGGCAGGAACCCGUACAACCAACGGCUCAAGAUCAGUAUUUACACGGCUCCAUCACCGAUAGAACGUAUUAG